AUGCCUCCCAAAGCCGAUUGGGACAAAUACGUAGCUCCCGACGAAGAUGACGCGCCCGAAAAGAUCACACCAUUGAGUGAAGGCGAUAUCAAGGUUCUUAAGACUUACGGAGCUGCUCCUUAUGCCGCGGCUCUCAAGCAAAUCGAGCAAGAUUUGAAGACGAUCGAAGAACGAAUUAAGGAAAAUAUAGGUAUUAAGGAGCUGGAUACUGGUCUCGCGCCACCUCACUUAUGGGAUGUACGGGGAGACAAACAGAGAAUGUCGGAAGAACAGCCGUUACAAGUUGCUCGGUGCACAAAAAUCAUCGAGGCGGUGGCGCCUCCGUCACUGGAUUUAGUCAUUCAAAAUGCUGAUAAUAAGGCCAAGUAUGUGAUCAACAUCAAGCAGAUAGCCAAGUUUGUGGUGGGGUUGGGCGAAAGAGUGUCACCCACGGAUAUCGAGGAGGGAAUGAGAGUUGGGGUCGAUAGGCAAAAGUACGAGAUUCAGCUUCCGCUUCCUCCUCGGAUCGAUCCCAGUGUUACCAUGAUGACAGUCGAAGAAAAGCCGGACGUGACGUACAGCGAUGUGGGCGGAUGUAAAGAACAGAUCGAAAAGUUACGUGAGGUGGUGGAAUUGCCGUUGUUGCUGCCGGAACGGUUUGUCAAAUUGGGCAUUGAUCCUCCGAAAGGUAUAUUACUCUAUGGUCCUCCGGGCACCGGGAAAACGCUCUGUGCGCGUGCGGUAGCCAACAGAACCGACGCCACGUUCAUUCGUGUCAUUGGCUCCGAAUUGGUGCAAAAGUACGUUGGUGAGGGUGCCAGAAUGGUGCGCGAACUCUUCGAAAUGGCCAGGACGAAAAAAGCAUGCAUUAUUUUCUUUGACGAGGUCGAUGCCAUUGGAGGCGCUCGUUUCGACGACGGCGCUGGUGGUGACAACGAGGUGCAAAGAACCAUGUUGGAGUUGAUCACACAAUUAGACGGAUUCGACCCCCGUGGUAACAUCAAGGUGAUGUUUGCAACCAAUAGACCCAACACUCUUGACCCGGCGUUGUUGCGUCCUGGAAGAAUCGAUAGAAAGGUAGAAUUUUCGUUGCCAGACCUUGAGGGCCGCGCCAACAUUUUCCGUAUUCAUUCCAAGACCAUGAGCUGUGAAAAGGACAUUCGAUGGGAAUUGAUUUCCCGGUUGUGUCCCAACGCUACCGGAGCCGAGUUGCGACUGGUGUGUACGGAGGCAGGGAUGUUUGCUAUACGUGCUCGAAGAAAAGUUGCUACAGAAAAGGACUUUUUGAAGGCGGUGGAAAAGGUGAUCAAAGGCAACCUCAAGUUCAGCUCCACCAGCCAGUAUAUGCAAUAUAAUUAG